CGCUGGCCACGUGAUCUCCCCACCGUGACAAAGGCAGGGGGCAGGUGCAGGUCCGCGCGAGCGCCUCGCGGGGCGGUUUGCCGCCAGAAGCUUCCAGAGUCAGUCAGCAGGCAACGGCGCUGGGGGUCAGAGGUUCCGCAGCCUCCACUCACCGUCCCUACUCCCCACCUCCACCCCGAGAUGCCGCGGGGCAGGCAGUCCGGAGUGGCCACGAGCAGUCAGCGGGGGUCACAGGUCGGCCCCUCCCAGGAUGAUGACUCUGAUGGGGAGGACAGGCCCUCACAGAGCACCUCGGCCUCACAGUCCCAACGUUCCCUGGACAAGCUGGUCCCUGCUGUCAUCGACAGGAAGGUCAGCGAGGUGGUUCAGUACCUCCUCAUCAUGGAGCAGCGAAAGGUGCCAGUCAAACGCAAAGGUGAGUGA